AUUUCAAGGGUGUAUUUCCUACCUUGGUAAAAUAUUAUUUUAGUCUUAAUUUCUAACGUGUACGGUAGCGUGUCGUGUUGUUAUUUAUUAACUAAGUAGUUUGAAUUAUACUACAAGUAGAAAUUCUUUGUAAAAGUUAUAUAAUUAUAAAAUUUAACAAAAAUGACAUCAAAAAAUGACAACAAAAUUAUCGAAAAAAUCAACUCCGAAAAUGAGCAGCCUAGUAGCAAUAAAAGAAAAAGCUAUAUAGAUUGGGAUGAUUAUUUUAUGGCUCUCGCCUUUUUAAGUGCAAAACGUAGCAAAGAUCCUCGUACUCAAGUUGGAGCAUGUAUAGUAAAUGAACAGAAGCAAGUUGUAGGUAUUGGAUAUAAUGGAAUGCCCAAUGGUUGUAGCGAUGAUGUUUUUCCUUGGACUAAAGAGUCUGUCGAUCCAUUGGAAACAAAGACUUUAUAUGUAUGUCACGCAGAAGUUAAUGCUAUUUUAAAUACAGGCUGUAAAGAUAUUAAAAAUUGUACCAUAUACGUUUCUCUAUUUCCAUGUAAUGAAUGUGCUAAAGUAAUAAUACAGUCUGGAAUAAAAACAGUCAAAUAUGUGUCAGAUAAAUAUGCAAAGAAGAAAAAAAUUCAAGCUGCAAAAAGAAUGUUCGAUGCCGUAGGCGUUACAUACAGCAAAUAUGUUCCUAAGCACAAAAAGUUAAUUAUUGAUUUUGAUGAGAUUGACUCUACUGAAGAUAAGGAAAUAAAUAUUGAAAAUGGAAGUAGUUGAACAAAAAUAAUGUAAGUGACAAAGAUGACAAUGUCUGUAAUGAAAAACUUUCCAGUGUAUAUAUUCAUGAUUUAUUUCAUUUUUUAAUGACAUUUUGUAGGUUUAAAUCUGUAAUAUUAAUUCUUUAACAUAAACAUGAAUUACAGUUUUACUGUAAAAAGACUGAUUAUCAUUAUUUACAUGCAAAACUAAAUUAGGUACAAAUGGAAAAUAGAAAUACCCCUAUUUUAAAUUUUUACAGGUCUAUUUGUAGUUUUAACAUUAUCCAUAUAAUAUGGAAAAUAAAUAAAACAAUGUACAGAAAAUGAAAGAAUUUAGCAAUAAUACAAAGAUACUAUACUUUUAUCAAGAUGUAAUAUUAUCUGCAACAGUAUUGCAAACGAUGUACUGUACAAGUGUAAAUAGUAGUAUGAUCAAAUAUGGCAUGGUAGAAACAUGUAACAAGUGUGUAUCAUUUCCAUGAUAAAAUAAUAUUUCAAUAUCAUUUUUUACAAAACGACUGAAGGAGAGGCGAUUGUUGAUACGUGAUAUAAUAUUUUCAUGUUGACUUGUUAUUAAUGUAACAACAAACAGGAAUUGAACACAGAGUUUUGAUGCAUACGAUAAUGAUACGUUUAUAUACAUACUAUACAUAUCCAUGUUCUUGUCUUUAAAAUAUUACUUCACGUUUGUAAACACCGCUAUAAUGAAGAAAAGUUACAUAAAGAAAGUAAUUAUACGUGAUGAUUGAAUUCAUCAUAUAGAAAAAUAUUUAAUAUUGUAAAAAUGUAUGGGUAUUUUAUAUAUAAACACAGAUAUUAACGUUUGUAAAAAGCGUACUUGGCUAUAAACGUUAUCCUUUAAUACCAUAAAAUUUGGGCAAUUUUUGCACAAAUCAUAAACUAUUCAAUCUGUAAAUAGCGGUUGCAGAAAAUAUAAUAACAGCUUAUUGCAAAUGGCAGUAUAUUACUAAUACAAUGAUUAAAGUAAUAACCACAUUUAAAUAAUCAUUGACUUCAUUUUCCAAUUUUUAUUCUUUUCUGUUUUAUGUCCUUUUUUUAUAGUCUUUUUAAUUCGAAUAACAAAUCACCUUAGAACGUAAUCGUAUACGUUGAAAAAUUUUGCAUGAAGCCUAUAUGAUGAAUUCAUUUACAUGAGGAGAUGGAAGAGGAUAUGGGUUGAGGUACCCAUGCUUAUCGUUUGCUCGUACGAUUAAAUCAAGGACUCAAAGGCAAAUCUAAACUGAAUCUUCUAAAAAUUAAUGUACCAUCCUUAAUCAACAUUGUUUAUUUCUUAAAGAUUUAAUAAUUAGUUAUGAGCGGAGUAGAAAUUUUUAUACUGAGGUAACAACCUCCGAUAAAGAUUGGAGCAAUUAAUAUAUAUAUAAUAUAUAUAUAUAUAUAUAUAUAUCUUUUUUUCAAAAUGUAAUAAUUAUGCAGGAGUUUAAGCGUACUGUAAAUAAUGUAUUAUAAAAAAAAAAUAGUAUUAAAAGAUAGCAACACUUCGGUAGAUGCAUGGUCGAAAAGUUGAGUAUGACACGAAUGGUGCAUGAUAAUAUGCAUUAAUUUUUCUAAUGAUAGUCUUUUACAAGAAGAAACACUUCGUAUAUCGAUAGACUAGCAUGGUGGUCAUAUCAUAUUUCCUUUGCAUUGUACAAUAAUUAAAUGACUAAUGGUAAAGUGAAUGAGUAAAACUUCUACAUUAUCGCUUAUGUUACGACAUUAUUUAUGUAGCCCUGAGAAACAUUCCAUGCAUUUACAGAAGGUAUCAGUUUAAUCAAUACAAUUAUGUUCAUUAUAUUUUGAUAGAAGAUUAUUCCAUCGAUUAACUUUGGAUGUACGUAUUGAGUUUUUGUCCAUUGUAUGUUACGAAUGAAUUGAAAUGUUAAAUAUA